AUGGGAAAGAUGUACAAGAAGAAACAUGUGCUUCCAAGAGAUCGUACCAACCAGCAGGAAAACGAUAUGGACCUAAGGACGAUUAUGAAAGAUGUUGAAAAUUUCAGCAACUUGCAUAUGUCAUGGAAAGAGCGCAAAAAGAUUGAAGAUAGGAAGGUUGUUUCCCUUGGUGGGAAGGAUGCCCAAUGCACACAAUUCAGUAUUUCAUUUUCCAAUAUGCAGCCCCUCAAGAAUCAAAGAUUACCUUUAAGUGUGGCACGGCCAAUGAUGAAGAAACAAAAGCAGAGAGAAGAAAAAAUGCUCCAAGAGCGUGUGAUUCUAGGACGGUUUGGAGGAAAGGUUGGUGGUAGCAACAGUAAAAAACCAGUUGGAAAACACAAGCCUGAGGACAGGGGUUUAAAGUUAAGUGAAGGUCGUUUUAGAAAUGGCAUACUUGACGUGAAGCAUUUGUUGAAGUCAACACCCACAAGAGGUCAUGACACUGGAAAAAAUAUGUCCAAUACAGGGAAAAGAAAAGGAGGCAGCGGAAAACAUGAUAAGAAGGGUGGUGGUAAGAAGUACGAAAUGUUUUAG